UAAUUAAAUAAUUUUGACCAUCUUCUUCCUCUUCCGACCACAAAACCAGACCCGAUUUACCUAAACCGGCAGCAGGUUUCUUCCGGUUCGCCGCCUUAAAAAGGAAGGCGCAACGGCGUAUCCUUCCGACGGCACCGAUGGAGAAGCAAUGCGAGCUGUGCGGCGGCGGGGCCUCCCUCUAUUGCGACUCCGACGACGCCUUCCUCUGCUGGUCCUGCGACGCCUCCGUCCACGGCGCUAACUUUCUCGUUGCCCGGCACGUCCGCCGCGUGGCCUGCGCGGAGUGCCGCGCCGUCGACGGUGGAGCCUGCGUCGUCUCCGGAGCCGUGGUUCGGCCCUUUCGCUCCCUCUGCAGCCACUGCGAUGGAGCCGAGCACUCGAGCUCGUCUUGCCUGUCCGCCGCCGAGUCGAGGACUGCGUCUCGGCCGGAGAAGCAGCGAGGACCGUCGAAGCGGCGGGGUCGGCGGCGCCAGUUUGGAGACGAGAGGGCGGAGCGGGUGUUGAGUGUUUGGAGUGGCAAAUUGGGGCUGAGGAUCGCGCGCCGAUGCGCGACCGCAGCAGCGCGAUUACUCUCUUCUCGUUCGGUGGUCGUCGGCGCGAAGCCAGGACGGGUGGCUCUCGCGGCCGCGCUCUGGUUCGCCGUCAAGAUCUUCGCACGGCAUGACAAGGGCGACGACGGCGUCGAGAAUGAGGAUGGCAACGAGGAGCCUUCCAGUUCCGGAGAUUUGGGGUGCGGCAUGGGCGCGGUGCUCCGGCGUCUCGAAGCGUGCUCGGGGGUGCCGGCGAGGUUCAUCGAGGUCGCCGAGUCCCGAUUCCCCCGCGUCGCGUCCUGUCGCUGAGUCACUGAACUCGCUUCCAGAACGCUUACCCCCACGCACGUGAGCGACACAUGCUGUCCAUAAUUUUUUUAAGGAAAUUAAUAAACUUUUAAUUUUUUUUUUUCA